AUGGCACUUAGCUCUGGAUCGGGUGGUAUAUGUGGUUUUUCAGCUCUUCCUUGUUCAAGCUUGACGACGUGCUCGAAUUACAAUAUGACGUGUACAGUACCUUGUACUGUUUGUAUCAACAGCACUCGUUGUAAUCAACCAAUGUGUUAUCCAUUAGCAUUUACUGUCUCUCAAGUAUGUCCACCGUACAAUUCAGUUGCAACGACAUCAACGGUUUCUAGAUCGACAGUAACAACAACGGCACCCACAACAACAAAGUCGUCAAUAACAAUAAAAGCACCAACAACCACAAAAGCAUCAACAACAACCACAAAAGCACCGACAACCACAAAAGCAUCAACAACAACCACAAAAACAUCAACAACAACAACCAUAAAAGCAUCCACAACAACAAAAGCACUAACAGCAACAAAGGCAUUAUCAACAACAGCGUCCGCAACAACAGCAUCAGCAACAGGAUUAAUAGGAACCACAACCAUAAAUGCACCUUGCUUAACUUGGAACCAAAAUUCAGUUAUCGUUGCGGGAGAUGAAACACUUGGGAGUAGCACAAGUCAACUGAAUGGAUCAUGGGAUCUAUCAAUUGACAGCUAUUCAAAUAUAUAUGUUAGCGACGGAGGAAAUAAUCGUAUUAUCAAAUUUUCUAAUGGCAGCUUGACUGGAAUAGUUUUGACCAGUGGGGUUGGCAGUCGUGCUAGUCAAGUUAAUAACCCAUCGGCAUCACUCAUUGAUAUGUACGAAAAUUUAUAUGUUUCUGAUAUGUUCAAUCAUAGAAUAAUGAAAUAUGAUAAUAUUUCAUUCAUGUCCACAUCACCACCGAUCACUGGUGAAGUUGCAGCGAGUGGAAGUUGGGGUUUAUACAGUAUAAUAGGAACUGCUUGGGGCAUAGCAGUCGAUGCGCAGAGCACUGUUUUUGUGUCAGACUGUUCGAUGAAUCGAGUGAUGCAAUGGUCGCGGUGGUCAAGUAGUGGAUGGCCAGUAGCUGGAAGCUCAUCUGGUGCUGCUGGAAGUGAUUCAAGUCUACUUUCGUGUCCAAUGGGCAUUUACCUUGACCAAAAUUCUGCGCUUUAUAUUGCCGAUCGUAACAACGGCAGAAUUCAAAAAUGGCCAUCAGGAUCAUCUUCAGGCAUAACAGUCGCUGGUGCAAACGGACAAAUCGAUUCUCCAACUGACGUCUCUGUUGACACGUAUGGCAUAGUGUACGUACUGAGUGGUGGUGGAUUGUAUCGAUUCUAUCCAGACUCAACUUGGGGUACGGUGGUGAUUUCAUUUUCUAUGGUUAGUUUCGGGUUUAAAUUCGAUUCAAUCGGGAAUGUGUAUAUUGCUGAUUAUGGUUCUGGCGUAGUACGACGGUAUACUGUUAAUAGUACAAGCUGUGGUUAUGAACCAAAUGGUACCAGCCUCAAGUGUAUCAAGGAAAGAUAUCUCAACGGUAAAUUCAGUUUUGAUAUUCAAAUAAGACGAUGCUGUAGUCAUCCACGUGAAAAAGAAAAUGAUCUUUUCUACUUUAAAAAUAGAAGUCAUUUAAUGCAAUUCUUGAUAGUUAGUGAUUAA